AUGACAAUCAACUUCUCUGUGGGCAAAGAUUGGAUAACAGGCAGUACAGUGAAGAAAAUUCUGCAGAGCUACCGUGUAUUUGUGACCCAUCUUAACCUGCGUGGCUGCACAUCCUUACAAUGGCCCAGUCUGAGAUUUAUCAGUGACUGCAGAAACCUCCAGGAGCUCAAUGUGUCAGAGUGCUUUAAUUUUACAGACAUGAUGGUUCAGAGAAUUUUUGAGUGCUGUCCCUGCCUGCUCUACUUGAACCUUUCUUGCACCCUCUUAACAAACAAAACUCUACAAGAACUGUUCAGGAGCUGCCUGAGCCUUCUGUGCCUGAGUCUGGCCUACUGCAAUAGAUUCACAGAUGAAGGCUUUCUGUACCUGACCACAGGGAAGGGCUGCCGCAAUCUCAUCCACCUCAACUUGUCCGGCUGCACUCAGAUUACAGUAAAUGGGUUCAGAUACAUUUCUGCUGGAUGUCCUUCACUUAAAGAGAUUGUGAUCAAUGACAUGCCCACACUGUCAGAUACUUGUGUCCUGGCCCUCCUUGCCAGAUGUCGCUGCUUGUCUGCUAUUUCUCUGCUGGAUGCUCCACAUCUUUCCGACAUCACUUUCAAAGCCAUUGCUGAAGCAGCCAAACUAAAGUCUUUCAGCAUAGAGGGCAACUACCAACUCACAGACUUCAGCUGGGACGCCCUGUGCAGCAGUUCACACGGUCUCCGCAGACUCCACGUUGCAGAAUGUCCCAGAACGACUGACGCCAGUCUGAAAUCUGUGGCCUCCCUCAAACACCUCCAAUAUCUUGACAUUUCACAUUGCAGCAAGGUGACUGAUGUUGGGAUACAGUAUUUGACCAAAGGCUGCUCAGCCACUAAACUGCGAGAACUGAAUGUCAGUCACUGCAGUCACAUCACUGACAUCUCUGUCAUGAGGAUAGCACAAAGGUUGUAUAAACUGUUCCAUCUCAAUCUGGGUUACUGUGUGAGGCUGACGGAUUCGGCUGUGGAGUGGCUGAGUGGCAGCUGUCUCUGUUCACUUGACCUCAGUGGUUGCAACAUCCAGGAUCAAGGACUGGCUGCUCUUGAGGGAAUUCCCUUGAAGAAAUUAGUUAUUGCCCAGUGCCUCGCUGUUACAGACAUUGGAAUUAAGAAGCUGUGCAAAAAUGUGAGAGACCUGGAACAUGUUGAUAUCUCUCAUUGUGUGGCUCUGUCUGAUGCAGCCGUCAAAGCCUUUUCAUUUUACUGCAGAGGCCUAGUCACUCUGCGGAUGGUCGGUUGUCUUAAGAUGACCGAUAUGGCAGUGCAGUAUCUAACAAGUGGAUCUCAGUACUUGCGAGAGCUUGAUGUGAGUGGCUGCGUUCUUCUCACAGAUCUCACGCUUCAGCACUUGGAAAGAAUUUGUCCUCCGUUCAGCUCCAUCACAAUGGCCUGCUGCAGUGGCAUCUCCAGGGCUGCUGCCUCAAAACUUCAGCCACGCGUGGCACACUGGGAGCACAGCAAUGACACCCUUCCGUACUGGUUCAGACACAACAUCCAGUCAAUGGGGAAUCUGAUCACAAAACCCACAGUGACCCAGUGAUGAUGCAUGAGAAGUGGUAAAACAGCAGCAGUAUAUGGAGGAAAUAAACACACCAAAAGGUUUUACCUGUGUGUGUGCUUUCUGGUCCUUAACUGUCAGGACAGAAGGCUGGACAGCAAAAUCUCAGUUUCUUUGCUGACAUAUUUCAUCAGUUUCUGACAGUACUGUUGAAGUGGUGUAUUAGUUUACUUUGAGAGUUAGUUUUCCGUCCUUUAUUAUUCAUGUAUUAAUAAUAUGGCAAUAUUUUCUAACUGGAAAUUAUAGCAGAUAACAUUAAAUAUGCACAGUUUCCCAUGUACCCAAAGCAGCCAGCCAUCAUUGCUCUGUAAGCUGUCAAUUCCAUAGCCACUAAUGCACCCCCAAUACCAUCAGAGAUGCAGGUUUUUGAACUAAGCACUAUUAACAAGCCAGAUGGUCCCUCUCCUCUUGACUUCAGAGGAUGCAGCACCCAAAAUUUUCCAAAACCAAUUCAAAUUUCGAUUCGUCUGACCAGAGAACUGGUUUCUAUUUUGCCUCAGUUCAUUGUAAAUGAGCUUUGGUUCAGAGAAGAUGGUGGUGUUUCCGGAUCAUGUUCACAUAUGGCUUCUUCUUUGCAUGAUAGAGCUUCACCCUGCGUUUGUGGAUGGCAUGGUGCACUGUGUUCAGACAGUGAUUUCUGAAAAUGUUUCUGAGGUCAUGCAGUGAUUUCCAUGAUCAUGCGGUGUUGCCUGAGGGCCCAAAGAUUACAGGCAUCCAAUAUUGAUUUUCGGCCUUGUUCCUUGCACACAGAUUUCUCCAGAUUCUCUGAAUCUUUUGAUAUUAUGCACUGUAGAUGAGAAUUUUAGUCUUCACACUUUUACAUUGAGGAACAUUAUUCUGAAACUGUCCCACAGUUUUUAGAUUUUGUGUUUUGCAGAUUGGUGAACCUCUGCCCAUCUUUACUUCUGAGAAACUCUACCACUCUAAGAUGCUCCUUUUACACCCAAACUGUUCCUGAGCUGUUGCCAAUAAACCUAAUUAACUGCAAAGUGUUCCUCUGGCUGUUUCUUUUUAGUACCACUUUUCCAGCCUUUUGUUGCCCU